AUGCCUCCCAAAGCAGAUGCAAUGAUAGCGAGCAGGCCUCGAAAGCCUCGCAAGCCCUUGAGAAUACCGACGCUUUCGCCCGACGUACACAGGCAGAUCUUGUCUUUCGCGUCCCAAUCUACCCUGCUCUCUGCGCGGCUGGUCAACAAGAACUUCAGCUCCAUCGCCACACCCUUGGCCUUUCGUUAUCCCUAUCUUGGAUCAAAAUGGGACUGCGACCGCCUCGUGUGCGUAUCCAAAAGUCGCAAACUCAGUGGCUUUGUGGAAGAGAUUGAUCUCGUCAGCUGGAUCGAAGAAGCUGAGAGCUUCCGGAACUUGAAGUCUUUCUAUCUUGGGAUGGCAGGUUUCAAUUUCAACUGGCAGGUCGCUUCCCUUUUCGGAGGUCCAUUUGCGGCAAGAGAGCUGAGGAGCGCCCUGCUCGACACACUUUUUGCCUGCAUCGCUGGGGAGUGGACACAGGAAGAGCAUGCCGGCUUGUUGACCUUCAUAAUCGCCCAGAAGAAACCUGAAGACGACAAAUUGUACGUUGAAUGGAUUCCUCCGGACGCGGAACCUGCGCGACCGGACGUAAUCGACUUUGAUGACGUCGACAACUCUGAUUUCCCGGACGCCGAAUCUAUCGUGAACGGCAUUGGGUCGGACCGGGUGCGCUUUGACCUGCGUUGGCAUCACAUUCUCAACUCAUGGCGCCAGAGUAUGACGGCACUCAAGGUCUUCGUCAUGGGUUGCGGAGAUCAUGGCGACAACUGUCUCCGAUCAGUCGUUGAGGCCUAUUAUCCCGAUCAACUACCCAUCAUGAGCGACCAUGACCGCGAUCUGCGCUUCUUCCGGCACGGAGAAAAGGCUUUCCUCAACUACAGAGCACCGGCCCCUCCCUUUGAUCACGAGGAACCCCUUGGCGAUCGUUACUAUAAGAAGAGAAAUCGACCCGAAGCGCCGCAAUACAAAUACGGGGUCGGAAUGUUGGUGGAUUGGGACUCAGAAUGUUUAUGGCGAAAUAACGGCCCAAUCUUGCGUUACACCAAGUUCGACGGCGGCAUGGGUUAUCACCCCUGGACUGAGUCUUAUGACGAUGAGAGAGACAUGAGACACGAAGGCAUGAAGACUGAUGAGCCAGAUACGGUGAGGGAGGACAUGAAAGCUUAUGAGUUGCUCCUGGCAGCUGUGAAGACCAGAGCGGCGUCCUGA